AUGACCAAGAAAAUAGCCUUCAACUCAACGCCUGGUGAUCCUUCUGGCUGGCACCUCCCCAAAUGGACCCCAGAAUUGACUCUCUCCCUCAUGGCCUCUCACGCCACCCGCACGGCCAUUCUCUCCUUGACUGCACCAGGCACCUCUAUAUUCUACAACUCCCCAGUAGCAUCAGCCAACCUUGCUCGGGAGGUAAACAUCUAUGGCUUCCAACUUCAACAGGAAAACCCCAGUCGCUUCGGUUUCUUUGCCAGUCUCCCGCAUCUAACGCCCGAAACUAUCCCCUCGGCCAUGGAAGAAAUAUCCUAUGCUUUAGAUGUCCUCCAGGCUGACGGCAUCACUCUUUACACUCGUUACAGUGGAACUGGGUACCUCGGCCAUGCUGCCUUUGCACCGCUCUGGGAGGAACUGAAUCGCCGCAAGGCAGUAGUCUUCAUCCAUCCGACGAACACUGCCUCGGACAGACAGAUUAAGUCUGAUAUGGUUAAUUCAAAACUGCCACAGCCGAUCAUUGGUUACCCGCACGAGACAUGUCGAGCGGCAGUCGAUCUGAUCACCUCGGGGACGAUCUCCAAGAGCCCCGAUGUGAAGAUUAUUCUUUCGCACGGAGGCGGGACACUGCCUAUUCUCGCUACUCGGGCAGCAAAUUUGCUCUAUGACGCAGGUCUGACUGAUAUUACUCCAGAGAUAUUUUUAGAACAGGCUAGGGGCUUCUAUUUCGAUCUCGCGCUAUCUGGGAACCCGAGGAAUUUGGAGUUACUGGUGGGCAAGACUGGGUUUGCAAAGGCAGGACAUGUGUUAUAUGGCAGUGACUUCCCCUAUGCUCCUGUCGAGACUAUCAACAAGUAUGUUGAGAUGAUAGAGGGUUGUCUUUUGCCAGAAGAGGAGAAGGAAGAGAUUGCCCGGGGUGCGGCAGUAGAGCUAUUUCCGCGUUUUCGGAUUGAGGAAGAUAACAAGCAGAUGUUUCGGCAAGCUAAGAUAUAA